ACUUGUCCCGCUGCCGCUGCUGCCGCUGCCUUGGGGAAGAGAGGAGAGUUGUACUAUUACUGUCAGGGUGCUUUGAGGCAACCACCCUCCAGUGCUUUCACCAUGGGCUGGGAUUGUCUCUGCUUGAUGCUCCUGGUCACCUAUCACACAGUGGAUUCAUUUCCUUUGAUCUCUGGAGUUGCAAAGAACACAACGUUCCUGAACGCUGGGGACACUUUAGCUGUAUUAUGCAAAGAUUCGGAGGUGGUUGAAUGGUAUUAUAAAAAACCUGGGUACGAUAAGAACCCGUCGAAAUCUAGGAGUGUGGAUACCGCUGGUAAUAAGCUUAGGAUAAAAAACGUAGGCUGUAAGCAUUCUGGGAAGUACACAUGCAGCAAUACAGUGACCAAAGCGAACGCUUCCUUUUAUCUUUUUGUGGAAGAUUUAAGCGAAACUUUUUGCUUCUCUACGACAUACUAUGAUGUGAAAGAGGGGAAUGAUGUUUCUGGGCUGUGUCUUCUCUCUGACCCACAUGUGACCGACUAUACUAUUCAACGCUGUGGACAAUCUGAUUUGCCCAAAGGUUUCACUUACAAAAAUGAUAUUGAGAAUGGGAUCACCAUAAAGAAUGUGCAGACAGAUUUUAAUGGUUGCUAUUACUGCUCUGUGAAUAAAAGUGGGAUUGUGAGGACCACCGGUGAAUUCAGAUUGAUGGUAUCACCAGUACCAAAAAAACUACCUGUGGUUUUUGUAACAAAAUCCAGGCUGCUUAUCAAGACAGGGGAACCGUUUGCGGUGACAUGUGUGGUGAAGGAUGUUAAGCCUCCAAAGGUUACCUGGAUCAGUACUCCCUUAAUGACGAUCACUGAAAAAAGCAAUUAUGAAGGCGGUGUCAACUUUGUACGGAACAGCACUUUGAGCAGCAAAGCGGUACAGUUCAAUGAGUCUGGGACAUAUGUCUGUCAAGCAAAGAAUAACAUUGGUGUAGUGAAUGUAACGUUCACAUUAGAUGUUCUUGAAAUAGGAUACAUCAGCCUUGACGUCAUGGAGAACACAACCGUCGAUGUAACUGCUGGAGAUAACCUUGUGUUGAGGGUCUUUAUUGAUGCAUACCCCCGACCAGAUGAACAAACCUGGAUGUACAUGAAUGGAACCCUUCUAAACACUUCCGGACACUUUGCAGAGUUCCGAGAUGAAGGCAACAACAGGUAUAUUAGCGAACUGCAUCUGAUCCGCCUGAAAGGGAGUGAGAAAGGAACAUAUACUUUUUACUCCUCCAAUUCUGAUGCCAACUCAUCCGUCAGCUUCAACAUAUUUGUAAAAACAAAACCAGAAAUCCUAAUUGCAGAGAAAUUUAGUAAUGACUUGCUGCAGUGUGUGGCCUCCGGGUUCCCUCUGCCCUCCAUCAACUGGUACUUCUGUCCAGGAUCUGACCAGAGUUGUACAAACUCCCCGAUGCCCCCAUCCGACACAAAGUAUAUUCAGGAAAACUCAUCACUUGGGCGUAUGCUGGUGGAAAGCUACAUUGACGUGAGCUCCUUUAAGAAAAACGGCACUGUGCAAUGCAUUGCGUCCAAUGGUGUGGACAGCACCGCAUCUCAUUUCAGUUUUGCAAUCAAAGAAAACCCCCACACUUUAUUCACUCCCCUGCUGAUCGGGUUCAUUGUGGCUGCUGCAGUGAUGGGAGUCGCUGUGACUGUCCUUAUGUACAAAUACAUGCAGAAACCCAAGUAUGAAAUACAGUGGAAAGUAGUAGAAGAAAUCAAUGGAAAUAAUUACGUUUAUAUUGACCCAACACAACUUCCUUACGACAACAAAUGGGAAUUCCCUAGAGACAGACUGUGCUUUGGUAAAAUUCUGGGUGCCGGUGCUUUUGGCAAAGUGGUUGAAGCCACUGCUUAUGGCCUUUUGAAAGAAGACAAUGCUCUUACAGUUGCUGUGAAAAUGCUGAAACCAAGUGCCCAUGCCACGGAGAGGGAAGCACUUAUGUCUGAACUGAAAGUCUUAAGCUAUCUUGGCCAUCACAAGAACAUUGUGAAUCUCCUGGGAGCUUGCACUGUGGGAGGCCCCACUCUGGUCAUCACUGAAUAUUGUUGCUACGGAGAUCUACUGAAUUAUCUGAGAAGAAAGCGUGAUUCCUUCAUCUGCCCAAAAUUUGAAGACCAUUCAGAAAAUGCCCUUUACAAGAACCUUCUUAACUCAAGGAAUCAUGUUUGUGAUGGAAUCAGCGAGUACAUGGAUAUGAAACCAGGAGUACCUUAUGUAGUGCCAACUAAGCCAGAUAAGAGGAAAUCAGGUUCCUAUGUUGAUCAAGAUGUCACCAUUGCAAUGCCUGAAGAGGAUGAUUUAGCCCUAGAUACAGAAGAUUUGAUUAGUUUUUCAUAUCAAGUUGCACAGGGCAUGAACUUCCUGGCGUCUAAAAAUUGCAUUCACCGAGACCUCGCAGCAAGAAAUAUCCUCCUCACUCACGGUCGAAUAACAAAAAUCUGCGACUUCGGCCUGGCUAGAGACAUCAAAAAUGACUCAAAUUAUGUGGUUAAAGGAAAUGCUCGGCUCCCGGUGAAGUGGAUGGCACCUGAAAGUAUAUUUCAUUGCGUGUACACAUUUGAAAGCGAUGUCUGGUCUUAUGGGAUCCUACUUUGGGAAAUCUUUUCCCUGGGAAGCAGCCCCUACCCUCGCAUACCGGUGGACUCCAAGUUCUACAGAAUGAUAAAGGAUGGUUACCGCAUGCUCAGCCCAGAAUGUGCCCCGGCUGAACUGUAUGAAAUCAUGAAGAGUUGCUGGAACUCCGAUCCACUGAAGCGACCAACCUUUAAACAGAUUGUACAGAUGGUGGAACAGCAGCUGUCGGACAGCAAGGGACAUACAUUUUCAAACAGCUCUCCAGUAUGUCCGAACCAUGCGCCAGUGGACCACACAGUGAGGAUAAACUCAGUGGGGAGCAGCACCUCGUCUACUCAGCCAUUACUAGCACACCGGGAGCAAUGAGUAGCCCAUCAUGUCACCUCAAGCUGCUUGUGGAUUUUCUCAUCUUCACACACCAAAUGUUCCAGUGCUACCACUGUACAUAGAGAAAGUGAGGAACUGAGCUGCUGAAUUUCAGGAAAGAGCCAUCACUGCCCUCGGUGAUCCAGGCAUCGAGCUUGACCCCAAGGUUCCCUCCAAGAAAUGUGAUACCUGAGCAAUCUGUGACAUCUGUCUGCAAUCAGAAAAUAUUUGUUGUUGUAUGUUACUAGAGACAAGAUAGUCUUGAUAUUACUAAACAAUCCAGCUCUGCUUACAGAUCAGGGACGGUGACAGGUACCUGCCAAGGACUAUAAAGGUUGAAAUCCAUGCUUACUCCAACUGUCAUUCCAGUUCUGAGAGCUUUGCUAGGGACUUAAGGAAGUUAACAAACGAUGUUCAGCUGUAGCAUAAGAAAGCACACAAACGAUAAAUUGCAGCUGCAAAAAUGCAAAAAAAAAACACUGCUACUGAGUAGCUCUCCUGCUGUACGACUUGACACACACUUCUCCAAUCUCUUGCUACUGAUUCAGUUCUCCUAUAUGGUCUGAUACAUGCCGAUAUUUAUUGAUCAUUCUCAUGCACUUAAUCACAUUGGUAAAUGCAAGAAAUAUUAUAGUUAUUACAGUUAAAUUAUUUGGGUAAGUAAGUUCCACGUUCUGUACCAGAGGGAUGUCAUGCCUUAUGUAGAUAAUUCUUAGCUUGAAGCAAGAACUCCCGAUUGGCUUACUGUAGAACUACAGCUUCUAUCAUCCUCAAUUACCUUCUACCUAGACCAGGAUAAAAGGAGUAUUAGAAGAUAGAUUGGCCGUUGUAUCCUAUAGCAACAGCUGUCAAUAGCUUAACCCUAUAUUAAUGUUAACACUUUCUUUGAAAGCUUGCGGUUCUUCUACAAAAAGGUUCGCUAAGGCAUCGCCCCAAAUUUGCACUGCAUUUGUCUCUGCCGUUUUUGCACCUUUUAAUAUGUUGAAAUGUUUUCUUGGGAAAAAAGAAACGCUUUGCCCUUCCCGCUCCUGGCCGACAGAACUGUUCAGGGAGUUAGAUAGAAAUUUCCACUGUAUGGCCCUGUACAAAUCACUUCAAUAUGCGUGUUAACCAAACCAUUAAUACUAAGGUACUUUGGGGGCACUUGGUCGGACACUUUUAUUUUAAUGGUUUAAGAUGUUAUAUUUUUGUACAUUUUUUACUGCAACUGUUACUUUCAGUGUGACUAGGUGUUAAUAUUUCUUCUUUCAUUUUGUGUUAUUUUGUUCCUGUAAAUAUGGAAUAUAGAGUAAUAAUUUCUUUGAAACCCCCAGCUUUUCCCCACACCAAAUAUUCAAAGUAUUUUUAUAUGUAUGUAAAUAGGUGUAAGUAGUGUUGCAAGUUUCCAAAACAUUUGGGGUAUGUUGCCUGAUUGUUAAGAACAAUUGUUAAUAAUAAACGGUUCUGUCAUGUUA